CUUUCAGGAAAGGUUUUCUCAAAGCUUAGCUAUACUGUGCCAAAGUCAACUGUUAAGGAUGUUGCUGAAUGUAAACCUGGGGUGAUUGAAAUUGUGUUAGCCAAUCUUAGAAUGAAAGUGAGUUAUUUUCGUCUUUUCUCUUUUGGCAUCAUCAGACAAUGUAUAUCCCCACUCCCUAAUUAUAGACUGUACUAAGCCAUUUUCUUGUCUGCUGCAAAAAAGCUACAUAGCAGCAAGCAAAUUACCCACCUUUAUAUUGCAAUUUUAAUGUGUAAAAACUUAGCCUAGGUAGCAGGUGCUUGGAAGUAAUGGGCGCAGGAAAGAACAGGGUGCGUGAGAGACUUUAAAGAGGUUUUCUCUUUAGAGCAUUGGUAUUAUCUAAAAGGUUAACAUGAGGUUUCAUGCUGGUGAAGUUGUUUGGCAAGUCACCCCUUGCAAUUCCCAAUUUCCAUGGUAGAGGGGGACAAGCAAAGACAUUUGCACAGAAAUAUUGCCCUGGAGGUGGGAACAUUUACUCACUUUCUCUAGCUUAUUUUUCAAAGUUCCUGCUUAUGCGUGGGUAGAGGGGUUGGGGGGGAUUACAUUGACUGGUACAUUACUGUUUGUCAUUUGCUUUUCCUUUUUUGCCGUUAUCAGAUUGAAAAGUUUAUGGCGAAGAAGAAGGCUGAUAGUCUACGAAAGCAACAACAAGUUUAUGAUGAGUUUUCUCCCAAUGGGCCAAUCAAUGAUCAUGAACCUUAUAUGUAUGAUGACGGACAGCCUUAUCUUGGUAAUCAAGAUUAAUUUUGUAUUCAGUCGCAGUGUUCUCCUAAUCAGACAGUAAUGGGAAAAGUUUACUUCUUAAUAUUAUAAAGCAACACUUCUUAGUGCCUGCAAACAUUUGAAGGUUUACUGAAAUUAAAUAACUUAUUUUAAAAAAAUGGCAAGUUGUGAUCCAUUCCUAUUCUCCGUUCUUCAUGUAGGUCACUCAAAGUUUUUAACCUCUGGGCCCAGUGAUUAACUGUGGUUUAUCUGAACCCGGCUUUGAACAAUCCGGCCCUGAUCUGAACGCCAAUAGCUUAAUUACAUUGGCUGAUUUGCCUAAAAUAGGUCACAAAAUGAGGGAGUGACAUUUCAGAGAACUUAGCCUCUACAAGUAAAACUUUUACUGGGAAGGUGGGGCCUUGACCCUCGCCAUGCCAUGCCUUGACCUUUGCCCAAUGGGUAAAGGUCUCGGCAAGUCAUCCUCAAACAAAAUCAUAUGUAAAAAAAGGCAAGGAGUCAGUGGCCAAAAUGUGAGAGCUGCUUGCCUUAAGGACAAGCUAGAAUUCAAGUUCUUUUCAAGCCUUGUAAAUAAUUAACACCUGCUAUUUUGGUAUCUGAAAUUUUUACUGAUCACGACAUUGACUGUGUAUACUCUAACUCAUAUAAGAGAUGGUGUUUGCUUUUUUUUCAGGGCCAGAGAACAACUAUGGUUAUGCAUUUAAUACUGGUUAUGGGCAGCAACCAAUUGCAACAAAUGAUGUAAGUACAGUCAAUCCAAAAUUUUAAAAGUUUUAAACAUUUUGUUACUUGUGGUGUUAUAAAACACUCCAAUGUGAGAGGUACACUGUACAUUAAAAACUCAAAGAGGAGAAGAGCCUGCCAAGAACUGCAUGAAUAAUUGAAGGUUAGGUGCAAUGAAAAAUUGCCAGAGUUGUUUAGAGUUCUAAUAGAGGUCUAAUUAACAAUUAUUUUUUACGUUCAUUUUGGGACUUUGAGUACUGGUUGCUUUCGCCUGAUGCUUUUUCUGGUAAAAGUAAGUUGCAGUUGCUUUCAAAGAUGUCCACAGACCGUCUAUUUCCUCCUUUCCCCACCCCCACUUCCUUGCGCUUGCGGUCAAUAAAUCCCCCGCGGUUUUUGUUUCUAUAAACGCACGCGAAAAUCUGUAAAGAGAAACAAGAGGGUCUUUGAACAGGCUAUGACUGCUUACUCGCAGCCGUUCUUGUCUUGUCUCGCAACGCUCCUCCCCAACAAAUGGUUGCUCACAUUCGAACCGCAUUCCUUUCCCGAUUUGAGCCAAUCACAGCUAUAGCUCCUUCUUUUGGAACUGUUUCGCGCCCAACUAUCCUAUGACACGCCCUCCGAUUAUAGCCUGCAUUCUAUCGCAUCAUCUGUGGUGUCAAGUCGUCUCCUAGAAAACCGUUAAUUUUUCUCGUCACGUGCAUAACUUUUUGUUUUUAAUAAAACAGACUUGAAAUUGCUACGAUUCGACUACCUGUACAGGGUCAGAAUUGAAUUUGGCGUCAACUUAAAGCGGUGUUUGUGUUUUCAUACAUAUGUACCUGCAAUUCCAAUGGUUUGUUUUUUAGAAGCACGUAUGCUUUAACACGCUGUUCUUUCAGCAGGUGAUGGGUCCACAUGGAGCAGUGCCGUACCAGGCACGUCCACCAGACAAGCAAGGUGGCGACAGUCCCCGAGGUGGGGCUAAUGCUCGGUUUAAGAACAGAGAUGGAAGGGCUGCAGCCAUUCCUGGACCCCUGGGUGAAAAAACAAAACUUGCUCCCGUUAAUCAAGGAAAAGGGUGAGUUUGCUGCACAGCAGAGGAAAACAGGGAAACAAGGGGAACAAGAGAACAGGGGAACGGGGGAACGGGUGAACCGGGGAACAAGGAAAACAGGGAAACAAAGGGCGGCGAAAUUGCGAUUUCGUUUAUAAACUCCUAUUGCAAAAUUUUUUCAACGGAGGAAAUUUAUCACCUUUCGAAUACAUGUAGGGAACAUGUCAUUUGACGUUUGGCGUAAAGGUCACGUUGACGCGCAUGCUCCAUGAGAAAGCAAACGGACGCUCGCAGUGGUUUGUCUCCCCCUCGUAGCGUAGCGUCAAACUUGGAGAAACAACUGCUCGCAGGGUAGUAUUCAUGUUGAUUGUUUUGUCUGCAGGAAAGUGCUACGCUCCCAGUCAUACCAAGACGUUAACGGUACAACUGGAGAUUCUCAAAAUACAAGAUUGCUAUUGGAAGAAAAGGAACAAGCCUUGCUUGCCUCCCAAGAAACUGUUCAGGUACGCUAAAAUGCCCAAAAUGCCGUUCAUAGGUCGAGCACUUCGCGAUUUUCCGUUCCAGAUGCAAAUUAUAAGCUUCGGAAGUUUGCGCAUACGUAGAAAGAAAAAUUUCCAAGGGUUUUGAGUUUAAAAGUGACACAGCCGUCUCGACUUUUACUUUUCGCUUUCUCUUCUCCCUUCCUCGUGAAAUUUUUCAUGAAAUUUUCGGGCAAAUUUACCAUUUUUUUUGCCUUUUUAUCCGGCUUCCUUGACCAAAUCGUGGUCAUUCUGGAAUAGUCUGAAAGAUCUCUUCACCCUUCACAAGUUAGGUAACAAAGUUGUCCUUACCCCUUGAACUGGCAUGGACGGUUACGGGCGGUGGAGGGGUGAAUGCGUUUAAAAACAGUAACGAGUAAUUUAGUUACUAGCAUUUUAAGAUUUUGAUAAAAAUCAAUAAUAAUUGUAUCAAUUCUUAUCAGUAUAUAAUGUCAAUUAAUAAUAAUCAUUGUCGUAAUUUCUUUCUAGAUUUUAAAUGUUAAAAUUCGAAGACUAGAGCACUUGCUUCACCUAAAGGAUUUAAGAAUAGAUGACCUAACAAAAAGACUCCAACAAGCGACGCAGCCCCUGCCUCGACAGCUACCACCCCAACCACACCCACCUCAGCCACCGGCUGUGGAUCCAUCAUUACCAGCUAUGCAUAUGCAUCAUCAACAACCGCUUCCACCGGUUCAUCAUACGUCUUACAGUGCGCAACAGUUACAAGAGCACUAG